AUGAAAGAAACACGCGUUAUCAAAAGACUACUGUACAUGUACUACAACCAACAGCAGUGUGAUGUUGAGUUCGAUUUCAACGACGGGCAAUCUGUUGGUGCUCACAUAGUCAUCUUGUCCGCCAGCAGCUCUGUAUUUGCUGCAAUGUUUCAAUCAAACUUAUCGGAGACCAAAACACGAAAAGUGACCAUCGUUGACGCUGAAAUUCGCGUUUUUAAACAGUUUUUGAUUUUCCUCUACACGGAUAAUGCUCCUAAAAUGGCGGAAGAGGGCAUGGCGCGACUACUAUUCGAAUUGAGUGAUAAAUACGAUGUUGCUAAUUUGAAGCAUGAGUGCGUCGACAUGUUACUUACUCAGUUAAACAUUGGAAACGUUAUUGACAUGCUGGUUUGGGCUCAUUUUCACUCUAUCGGAAUACUUUCCGAAAAAGCCAUGAAGUUCUUGGUAAAAAAUUUUCGCAAGCUUUGCAACCGGCCCCAAUGGGAGGAGUUGUUAAAAUGUCACCCUGAUUUGUUCCUCCGAGCUACCCAGCAAUUGGCCGAUCUUCUGCCUGAAUCUUCAGAUUCAGAGUAA